AUGAAGGAGGUGGUGAGAUUGCACGGAGUGCCUGUGUCCAUCGUGUAUGAUAGAGACCCUCGUUUCACGUCUAACUUCUGGAAGAGUCUUCAGGCAGCUUUGGGGGCCCGGUUGGAUUUCAAUACAACUUUUCACCCACAGAUUGAUGGGCAGAUCAAGCAAUUGAAUCAGAUAUUGGAAGACAUGUUGCGUGCCUAUGCCAUAGAGUUUUCAGGAAAUGUGAGAUGUAAGGACCUGGAAUUUGAGACUGGUGUUAAAGUGUUCUUAAAAGUGGUACCCAUGAAAGGUAUUCUGAGGUUUGGCAGGAAAGGGAAGUUGCCCGAGAUUCAUUGGACCUUUCAAGGUCUUGGAACGAACCAAUCCCAUGUAGUUGACUUCGAGCCCUUGCAGUUGAAUGACAACUUUAGCUACGAGGAGAAACCUGUAGAGAUCCUUGCCAGAGAAGUAAAGACAUUGCGCAACCGGGAAAUUGCAUUUGUGAAAGUCCUGUGGCAGAAUCACCAGUUCAAGGAGGCUAUCUGGGACCGAAAGGAUGAGAUGAAGGCCCAGUACUCGGAGCUUUUUCAAGAAUGA